AUGCCUGUCUGUAUGGACCCAUCUGAUGCUGAGGAGGAGGAGGAGGAUAUAGAGGCGAGACAACCUUUCUGUCUGAAUGUACUGCUGCUGGCAUUGCAUUUCUCUUUGAUUAAUACUUGAUUAAUCCACAAUCUAUUAAUCCACAAUCUAUUUAUCUAUCUAGAGACAUUGUUCAAUACAUAUGUAAGCCAGUAUCAACACUUUUUCCAUCUUGUAGUGUAUAACAAGUUAUUUUUAACUUUGAACUUACCACUUAAUAAUGAUAAUAUACUGUUCCUCUGUCUCGUGUACAGACUGGCAUGUGUAACACAAACAUGUUAAAUAUUUUCAGAACCUUGAAAAACAAAUAUGUUCAUUUGCCCUUGCUCCGACAGCUUGAGAAGUCAACGCUGACCGAUGAAGAUCUGACUGAAGAGGAAAAUGAGGAGACUGUGAAGUCAAAGCCCAGUCGCCGUUCAUCCCGCCCCACAGCCGAACAGGGCAGCAAGCCCAAGCGUCGCCGCAUCGUGGUCACCUCCGAGAGUGAAGGCUCGGGCGAUGAAUUCAAACCAGAGCAGGCCGGCGGCAGCAGUGAGGAAGAUGAGGUAGUGAACAAUACGUCGGAGGAGGAUGAAGAAAGUGAACCUGAGACUGAACCCGACAGCCCAGUUAAACCGGUAAAACGCAAACGACCCGCGGAGAAGCCAGCCAGUGCCAAACCAAAACCCAAGACUCCCACUCUUCCAGAACCCGCCAAGAGAGCCCCCCUAUCUAGCACCAUCACAGCCGACACCAAGUCUCGACUCUCAGCCUUUUCGGCGCCGGAGAGCUUCGACAGCAAGGCGAAUGACUCAGGUGCCGGCGGAGGAGGUGGGGCUACGGUAUGGGACCACGAGAAGCUUGAUUGGCUACAGGACGGCCGGAGGAAAGACGCCAAGAGACGUAGACAGUCUGAGGAAGACUACGGCCCCACGACUCUCUACGUCCCAGAAGACUUCCUGAACAAAACGACCCCAGGCAUGCGGCGCUGGUGGCAGCUCAAGUCGGAGAUGUUCGACACUGUGCUCUUCUACAAGGUACUAUCAAUCAAUCAAAUGUAUUUCUAAAGUAUAUCAGCAGUGGCCAGGAUUUAGGAUUGGAUCACCCCAUGCUUGUCUGUGUGUUGUGCUGUAUUUUGGUGGCGGUGCAAUGCUGCUUUGUGUAAUAUAUUUAAUAUAUUAUUAGUAAUGUUGAGUGUUUUCUAUUUGGUGUAUACUAUAUUUUUAUCUCUGCGGCCGGUUUCCCAGACACAGAUUAAGCCUAGUCUAAACUAAAAAGCACUUUAUGGAGAUUCUCCAUUGAGUAUGCUUUUUAGUCCAGGACCAGGUUGAAUCUGUGGCUGUGAAACUGGCCAUAAGUGUCCUUGUCUAUCUUGAAAGGUGCAAAUCAAUGUAUUGUUAUUCAGGUAGGGAAGUUCUAUGAGCUGUACCAUAUGGACUCUGUGAUCGGUGUCAACCAGCUGGGUCUGACUUUCAUGAAGGGGGCCUGGGCCCACUCUGGUUUCCCCGAGAUCGGCUUCGGACGUUUCUCAGACGGACUGGUGCAGAAGGGAUACAAGGUGGGGAGCCGUUUUAAAAAACAAUUGUUUUAUUUUUGUUGAGCGGAUGGUCAGGGGGCCGAUGCAUAAUUACAGAUCAUUUGUAGAUUGCAAAUUGAACGCAAGAAGCCCAAACGGAUAUAAUAUUUGACUAAAACAUAAUCAUUUCAAACCUUGCUUACAUUUGUAUACAAUCACAUAUCUCUCUAUUAUGUGUGGGAAUACUUUGGAACAGAUGUCCAAAAUUAAAAUAACUUGGAGCUGAUUUGCUGGUGUUUUUACAGUAUUUUAUGUGCAACAAUAAAAAAUGAAAAUACAACUAGUUUUUGCUCAGAAAACUUGGGGCCAAAUAAAAUCACCCUGUGGGCUGCCAGUUGGGGAACCCUGGCUUACACUGACUUUUUGAAAGACAGCUUAACCUUUUGACUUGUACUUGGAGUCAAUGUAUCGAUUAUAAUAUCGUCCAAAAUAAUAUUGCGAUAUGUAAUAAUUGUAUCGGUUUCCCCCCCUUUAUCACUACGGAUCAUCACGCAGGGAACACAGACCUACAGCGUGUUGGACGGAGCAAAUACCUCCUCAGCAUCAAGGAGAAGGUAGGAUGUAUUCCGUGUUUUGUGAGGCUGAUGUUUAUGUGAUAUUUUACUGGAUGCCUUUUUACAGGGUUAUCUAGUUCAUCUAAUAAUCAUGUUUCGGUUAAAUUCCUCUUACCUUGAGUUGUCUGUGUAGGCCACAUUCCCACGAUGUUAGCAAAGCUGCACUACAAGCCUAAACUUCCUAAAAAUAUAUAUAUAUUUUCAUGAACUCGCCCUAAACUUUUUUACAUUGUGUGACAUUGAGGUUUCAUUGCAAAACACAUUUUUGCACAAACCAACAAUAGAGUAUAACCUAAUUUCCUCUCAUCUCAAGGCAGAGGUGGAGAGUUCAGGGCGCUGCAGGACCUUUGGGGCCAGUUCCAGGACGACCGACACUGCUCCCGGCUCCGCACCCUGUUGUCACACUACACCCCCGCACAGGUCAGUCACUACUUUUUCUACAGCCUCAAUUUUUCAACACUAACUAUUUAAACUUCUACUACCAUAACAAUACGUUUGGAGAGCUGAAGCAAGUCACAUAAUUUUUCUUUAGGAAAAUGUCCCCCUAUACUUAGACACAACACUCACAAUCACCCAACAACAACAAGACACAUAGUUUGGUAAUACAUAAUGACACAACAUUGAUCUGGCCUGGUCAAAACAUAAAGGUAUUCAUUCUAUACUUUAUCCUUUCUUUUCUUUCUGGCAACACAGGUGCUCUUCGAGAAGGGAAACCCUUCAGUCGAAACCCGUAAAAUCUUCAAGGCUUCUCUGUCCUCGGCUAUGCAGGAGGGGCUGUCUGCAGGUUCGCUGUUCUUUUUUUUUGAAAAUGUUUUUUUCUUUCUUUGUGUGAGUCUUUAUACAUUUCACGUCAUCCAGUUUUUCAGUACCGGUACUUUAUUUUCAAUGAUACUGAUUACUAGGGGUGUGAACGUUUAAACGUUAAAACAUUUAAAUGAAAUUGGAAUCCUUGACAUUGAGAAAAAUGUAUGUAUUUUUGUUUUUUCCACAACAUUUUUAAAUCACAGUGCAGUUAUCACAAAACCUAUUAUUUUCCAUGUUAUACAAUAUACAAUGACCCAAAGCACAGCUCCAAGCUAUGCAAUAACUAUUUAGGGAAGAAGCAGUCAGCUGGUAUUCUGUCUGUGCUGGCCACUCCAUUAUAGUCACCGGAUCUCAACCCUAUUGAGCUGUUGUGGGAGCAGCUUGACCGUAUGGUACGUAAGAAGUGCCCAUCAAGCCAAUCCAACUUGUGGGAGGUGCUUCAGGAAGCAUGGGGUGAAAUCUCUUCAGAUUACCUCAACAAAUUGACAACUAGAAUGCCAAAGGUCUGCAAGGCUGUAAUUGCUGCAAAUGGAGGAUUAUUUGACAAAAGCAAAGUUUGAAGGACACAAUUAUUAUUUCUAUUAAAAAUGAUUAUUUCUAACCUUUUAAUGACUACAUUUCUUAUGCAUUUUGCUAUAUUUCCUAUUCAAACUCAUUUCAUGUAUGUUUUCAUGGAAAACAAGGACAUUUCUAAGUGACCCCAAACUUUUGUAGGGCUGUUGUGUUUUAUUUAUGUAUUAUGUUUUAUUUGUAAACGUAUACAUAUAAGAUCUCUUGUAAAAUAGUUUUAUCUCGUGGUCCUCUGUAGCUCAGCUGGUAGAGCACGGCGCUUGUAACGCCAAGGUAGUGGGUUCGAUCCCCGGGACCACCCAUACACAAAAAAAUAAUAAUGUAUGCACGCAUGACUGUAAGUCGCUUUGGAUAAAAGCGUCUGCUAAAUGGCAUAUUAUAUUAUAUUAUCUCAAUGCGACUCCCUGUUUAAAUAAAGGUUAAUACAUUUCUACCCCACAAGCCCACAUUAGCUUGAUUUAGCUUUUGCAGCAGUGGGACUGUCUCGUUAAAGAUGGAGGGGAAACUAAGAGAUGAUGAUUGCAUUGUUAAUUAUUGAUCUCUACUGCAGCUCCACAUAAUGGUUGUCCCUAAUGGCACCAUAUUCCCUAUAUAGUGCACUACCUUUGACCAGGGUCCAUUAGCAAUAGGCUGCCAUUUGGGAUGCACCCAUAAAUGUUUUUCUCUAACGGCCCUGUCUGGUACUCUACUAAGCAUUGUGUUUAGUUCUCUUUACACCACAGAGCUGCUAAAACAAUCCUAUUAGAAAUGAAUGAACAGAACCGAACUCUGCCAGUGUUACACACAGUUCAGACGUCAAAUGUAUGGCUAGUCGAACUGAAUAGAAAUGAAAAGCGGGCUGGCACGGUUGAGAACUUUUCUGGACGUACUGAUUUUGGUUUCAUACAACCGCUCUCAACACUGCAGCAGACUUCCUCGUUGGUUUUGUGUCGAAUUAAGGCAUAACCACCAACACCUGCGAAUCCGAGGCCACGAUUGUGCUUCUGUUGUGGGUAGUGAAGCAACCUUUAUUUGAAUGCAAUGAACAUGAACUACCAUUUCUCCCAUCAGUGGAAGAACUGCUCUGGUGCGCUGCAUGAAACGGAGGCGUGCUUCACCCGCACCACGCUGAAAUAGGGACAGAGGCUGAACUAUCGUCCAAAUUAGUCCGACAAGAUGCACUCUAUGGUUUAGACGACACUAUCCCGCUCCUCCAAAGAGGAAGUGAUGUAUUUCUUUAGUUGGGUGCGGCGAUAGGGCAGUGUUCGAACUAGGGCUUAGUAUAAGGACGAGGAGGGUGUGGAAGGGGAUAUCCUUGGGCUUGGAUGCUGCUUGCCUUGAAGGCAAUUUGGUCAAUGAAAAGCUACACAUUGUUUAGUCAAUAUUCAGUCAAUUUGACGUUUCUAGGCAUAUGUGUCGUGUUAUCAUGCAGGUUUAUAUAAUUGUUUUUGAAAACGUUUUUUAUUUCAGACCUAUCCCUGUUACUGUUUCAGAUGUGUUGCUGAGUCUGACGCAGUAUAGCCAGGGGGGAGACGGAGGACCAAUGACACAGCCUCAAGUAAUACUUCCUGGCGACGACAGCCCAUCAGCAGCCUUCUUGGACCUGAGGGGCUCCUGCCACCCCUGUGUCACCAAAACCUUCUUCGGUGAUGACUUCAUUCCUAAUGACAUUGCCAUUGGCUGGCCGGGCAACGUGGAGGAGGGGCUAGAUAAAGGACGCGCCCCCUGUGUGCUGGUCACCGGGCCUAACAUGGGAGGAAAGUCUACUCUUAUGAGACAGGUAUGGGCUUCUUUCAACUUCAAGUUUUUGUCCCAGAGGGAAAUUGGUAAGAUCACACUUCAGACAUAAAAUGAAGGGCAAUUAUGAGGCUUGGGCGGUAUCCAGAUUGUCAGACCUUCAUACUGACCUCGUGCCAUACCGGGAUAUUCUGUAAUACUGGAACUGAACACAAGGGGCGGCAUUUGCAAUCCAAAGGUUAGCAAUGCUAACAAGUACAUGUCAAAUCCAAUAGCGAAUGCUCACUAAAUGCUAAUGAACACAUGCAAACGUUUUAUACAAUCUGACAUAAACUAUUUGCAGGACAGACAUCCCUGCUCAUAAAGUUAUACAAGGAACUCAGAAAUGCUACUCAGUUUGCUGCACAAAACAAGUAUUAGACAGCAACGCUCUUGAUCCAGGAGGAGAUUCUCUGCUAUUACCAAGAGGAACUUGAUUGCAAGAAGUUAACCACUUAGCUAGAUAACAAGCUACUAAGUUAGCAAACCAAAUGCACAGCUGCAGAGCAUUUAGCACAUUUUAGACAGUUACAUUUAGUUGUGAAUUCCAUACUGUAACUAGAUCACCUGGCGUGUGCUGAACAACAGUGAGUGACUCACAAGGCUCCAGUCUCUCGUCGUUGUGUGCUUGUAAACAAACAACGUGACUGGUGGACUACUGGUAAGCUUCAUAAUGUGACAGGUGAAAUGAAGGCAAUCUGCUUUAUCUCCUAAUGUAUUGCACAAGUUGCCUGCAGGUAUUUACUUAAAGUAGCUACAAAUAUUCAAAAUAAAUAGUUCCAAUGGUAUUGACGGCAUUGGAAAAACCAUCCUGUGGCUAUUUCCAAAUACCCUGGUAUACGGUAUACUGCCCAAGCCUAGCAGUUGUAUUUUGCUAGUUCAACCGUUGAUCCUGUGUUUUUGUACUUCUGUAGAUGUUGGCUUUAUAUGAGAUGCAAAAAUGACAACGUUGAUUUCUAGUUCUCCUGCCUACUUUGUCCUUACAUGCAUUUCACUCUCUACUUGUUCUGUCCUCCUCCUGCAGUGUGGUCUGGUGGUGAUUCUGGCCCAGUUGGGUUGUUAUGUUCCUGCUGAGAGCCUGUCAUUCACUCCUGUGGACAGAAUCUUCACCAGGCUGGGCGCAUCAGACCGUAUCAUGGCUGGUAAGGACUUAUAUCCCAAUCCCCAGCAAGUCAAUGUGUGCGUCCCAAUUCUCCUGAAGUGUGCACUCCUCCCCAUGCAUUUAAAAGUAUUUGAUUGGUGUAAACAUGAAGUAGUGGGAAUUUCCACCAUUUCUUUCCUAUUAAAACCAUGAAUUUAAGUGAUAAGGUGAAUACUUAGGGCCCGAUUCAGACUUGAGAUAAGUAGAGUCAAUAAAACUGACUUAAGUCGGUAAUGUUUGCCUUAAGUCCAUGUUAAGUCAGCUUAUUUCAAGUCUGAAUCGGGCCCUUAGGGCAUAAGGGAAUUGGGAUACAGAACAAGUGUUUUCCCUGAGUCUCAGGAGCUCCUUAACCCCCAAUUAGAAUAUUAAUUAGCAUAAUAAAAAUAUCCCCAUAAUGAUCUGUCAGUUUAAGCUAGAGAUGUUUUUUUGCAUUGGAUGCAUCUCAAUCCACCCCAUCUGCCGAUGUCGCACUUCCACAUCUGUGGUGAGAGGUGACAGCUAGAGCGGUGUUUGUCAGACCAUGAGACAUCCCGAAAAUCGGUCUUCUCACAACCUCUAUGGAAAGAUGACUCUCACGAACAUGAUGGUGUUCUCCGUUUUUCUCUAUGACCCCCGCAAGCAUCUUGGGACUGGUCUGAAUUCGGUCCAGCCGAUCUGCCAACUUCUGUCUGUAGCGUCUGAACAGUUUGGGCUACACACUAAUAUGGCCCCUCUGGAAAGGUGAGACUCUCACAAACACUUUGUUUUGCUCUAGGAUGCCCACAGGCCUCGCAAGACUCAUCUGAUGGUCUCCUGUACCAGUUGAAAAAAUGAAUGGAAGUACACUAUACAGUGCAUUUGGAAAGUAUUCAGACCCCUUGACCUUUCCCACAUUGUUACGUUACAGCCUUAUUCUAAAAUGGAUCAAAUGCUUUUCCCCCCCUCCAUCAAUCUACACACAAUACCCCAUAAUGAUAAAGGAAAAACAGGUUUUUAGAAAUUUUUUCAAAAUUAUUUAAAGAAAAUACAAAAACAGAAAUAUUACAUUUACAUAAGUAUUCAGACCAUUUACGCAGUACUUUGUUGAAGCACCUUUGGCACCAAUUACAGCAUCGAGUCUUCUUGGGUAUGACGCUACAUGCUUGGCACACCUGUAUUUGGGGAGUUUCUCCCAUUCUUCUCUGCAGAUUCUCGCCCCAGUCUGAGGUCCUGAGCACUCUGGAGCAGGUUUUCAUCAAGGAUCUCUCUGUACUUUGCUCUGUUCAUCUUUCCCUCCAUCCUGACUAGUCUUCCAGUCACUGCCACUGAAAAACAUCCCCACAGCAUGAUGCUGCCACCACCAUGCUUCGCUGUAGGGAUGGUGCCAGGUUUCCGCCAGACGUGACGCUUGGUAUUCAGGCCAAAGAGUUCAAUCUUGGUUUCAUCAGACAAGAGAAUCUUGUUUCUCAUGGUCUGAGUCCUUUAGGUGCCUUUUGGCAAACUCCAAGCGGGUUGUCGUGCCUUUUACUGUGGUGUGGCUUCCAUCUGGCCACUCUACCAUAAAGGCCUGAUUGGUGGUGCUGCAGAGAUGGUUGUCCUUCUGGAAGGUUCUCCCAUCUCCACAGAGGAACUCUGGAGCUCUGUCCGUGACCAUCGGGUUCUUGGUCACCUCCCUGACCAAUGCCCUUCUCCCCCGAUUGCUCAGUUUUGCCGGGCGGCCAGCUCUAGGAAGAGUAUUGGUGGUUCCAAAUGUCUUCCAUUUAAGAAUGAUGGAGGCCACUGUGUUCUUGGGGACCUUCAACGCUGCAGACAUUUUUAGGUACCCUUCCCCAGAUCUGUGCCUCGACAUAAUCAUAUCUCGGAGCUCUACGGACAAUUCAUUUGACCUUAUAUAGACAGGUGUGUGCCUUUUUCAAAUCAUGUCCAAUCAAUUGAAUUUACCACAGGUGGACUCCAAUCAAGUUGUAGAGGAUGAUCAAGGAUGAUCAAUGGAAAGAGGAUGCACCUGAGCUCAAUUUCUCAUAGCAAAGGGUCUGAAUACUUAUGUAAAUAAGGUAUUUCAGUUUUUUUAAUUUGUAAUAAAUGUGCAAAAAUGUCUACACCUGUCAUUAUGGGGUAUUCUGUGUAGGUUGAUGAGGGAAAAAUAUAAUUUCAUCCAUUUAGAAUAAGACUAACGUAACAAAAGUAAAGGGGUCUGAAUACUUCCCCAAGUAUUCAGACCCCAAAAGUAUGUGGAUUUGGCUAUUUCAUCCAUUGCUGACAAGUGUAUAAAAUCGAGCACACCGCCAUGCAAUCUCCAUAGACAAACUUUGGCAGUAGAAUGGCUUUCAAUGUGGCACCGUCAUAGGAUGCCACCUUUCCAACCUGUCAGUUCAUCAAAUGUCUGCCCCUCUAGAGCUUCUCCGGUCAACUGUAUGUGCUGUUAUUGUGAAGUGGAAACGUCUAGGAGCAACAACGGCUCAGCCACAAAAUGGUAGGCCACACAAGCUCACAGAACGGGACUGCCGAGUGCUGAAGCGCGUAAAAAUAAUCUGUCCUCGGUUGCAACACUCACUACCGAGUUCUAAACUGCCUCUGGAAGCAAUGUCAGCACAUUAACUGUUCGUCAGGAGCUUCAUGAAAUGGGCUUCCAUGUACAAGUAGCUGCACACAAGCCUAAGAUCACUAUGCGCAAUGCCAAGCGUCAGCUGGAGUGGUGUAAAGCUUGCCGCCAUUGGACUCGUGUUCUCUGGAGUGAUGAAUCACGCGUCACCAUCUGGCAGUCUGAUGGACGAAUCUGGGUUUGGCGGAUGCCAGGAGAACACUACCUGCCCAAAAUGCAUAUUGCCAACUGUAAAGUUUGGUGGAGGAGGAAUAAUGGUCUGGGGCUGUUUUUCAUGGUUCGGGCUAGGACCCUUAGUUCCAGUGAAGGGAAAUCUCAACGCUACAGGAUGCAACUUGACGAUUCUGUGCUUCCAACAGUUUGGGGAAGGCCCUUUCCUGUUUCAGCAUGACAAUGCCCCCAUGCACAAAGUGAGGUCCAUACAGAAAUGGUUUGUCAAAAUCGGUGUGGAAGAACUUGACUGGCCUGCACAGAGCCCUGACCUCAACCCCACCGAACACCCUUGGGAUGAAUUGCAACACCGACUGCGAGCCAGGCCUAAUAGCCCAACAUCAGUGCCCGACCUCACUAAUGCUCUUUUGGAUGAAUGGAAGCAAAUCCCCACGGCAAUGUUCCAACAUCUAGUGGAAAACCUUUCCAGAAGAGUCAAGGCUGUUAUAGCAGCAAAGGGGGGACCAACUCCAUAUUAAUGUCCAUGAUUUUGGAAUGAGAUGUUUGACGAGCAGGUGUCCACAUACGUUUGGUCAUGUAGUGUGUGUGUGUAUAUGUGUGUGUGUGUGUGUGUGUGUAUAUAUAUAUAUAUAUACACACACACACACUACCGUUCAAAAGUUUGGGGUCACUUAGAAAUGUCCUUGUUUUUGAAAGAAAAGCAUUUUUUUUUGUCCAUUUAAAAUAACAUAAAAUUGAUCAGAAAUACAGUGGAGACAUUGUUAAUGUUGUAAAUGGCUAUUGUAGCUGGAAACGGCUGAAUUUUAAUGGAAUGUCUACAUAGGCGUACAUAGGCCUCCCAGGUGUCUUUUUAUACAGGUAACGAGCUGAGAUUAGAGCACACUCUUAAAGGGAGUGCUCCUAAACUCAGUUUGUUACCUGUAUAAAAUACGCCUGUCCACAGAAGCAAUCAAUCAAUCAGAUUCCAAACUCGCCACCAUGGCCAAGACCAAAGAGCUCUCCAAGGAUGUCAGGGACAAGAUUGUAGACCUACACAAGGCUGGAAUGGGCUACAAGACCAUCGGCAAGCAGCUUGGUGAGAAGGUGACAACAGUUGGUGCGAUUAUUCGCAAAUGGAAGAAACACAAAAUAACUGUCAAUCUCCCUCGGCCUGGGGCUACAUGCAAGAUCUCACCUCGUGGAGUUGCAAUGAUCAUGAGAAUGGUGAGGAAUCAGCCCAGAACUACACAGGAGGAUCUUGUCAAUGAUCUCAAGGCAGCUGGGACCAUAGUCACCAAGAAAACAAUUGGUAACACACUACGCCGUGAAGGACUGAAACCCUGCUUGCCAAUGAACAUCUGAAUGAUUCAGAGGAGAACUGGGUGAAAGUGUUGUGGUCAGAUGAGACCAAAAUCGAGCUCUUUGGCAUCAACUCAACUCGCCGUGUUUGGAGGAGGAGGAAUGCUGCCUAUGACCCCAAGAACACCAUCCCCACCGUCAAACAUCGAGGUGGAAAUAUUAUGCUUUGGGGGUGUUUUUCUGCUAAGGGGACAGGACAACUUCACCGCAUCAAAGGGAUGAUGGACGGGGCCAUGUACCGUCAAAUCUUGGGUGAGAACCUUCUUCCCUCUUUAAGCGUGCAUAACUAUUCACCCCCCCCGAAGUCAAUACUUUGUAGAGCCACCUUUUGCAGCAAUUACAGCUGCAAGUCUCUUGGGGUAUGUCUCUAUAAGCUUGGCACGUCUAGCCACUGGGAAUUUUACCCAUUCUUCAAGGCAAAACUGCUUCAGCUCCUUCAAGUUGGAUGGGUUCCGCUGGUGUACCGCAAUCUUUAAGUCAUACCACAUAUUCUCAAUUGGAUUGAGGUCUGGGCUUUGACUAGGCCAUUCCAAGACAUUUAAAUGUUUCCCCUUAAACCAUUCGAGUGUUGCUUUAGCAGUAUGCUAAAGCAACUCCAGGGUUGUGGGUUCGAUUCCCACGGGGGGCCAGUAUGAAAAAUGUAUGCACUCACUAACUGUAAGUCGCUCUGGAUAAGAGCAUCUGCUAAAUGACUAAAAUGUUAAAUGUAAGAAUUUCCCUGUAUUUAGCGCCAUCCAUAAUUCCUUCAAUUCUGACCAGUUUCCCAGUCCCUGCGGUGGAAAAACAUCCCCACAGCAUGAUGCUGCCACCACCAUGCUUCACUGUGGGGAUGGUGUUCUCGGCGUGAUGAGGUGUUGGGUUUGCGCCAGACAUAGCGUUUUCCUUGAUGGCCAAUUUUAGUCAUCUGACCAGAGUACCUUCUUCCAUAUGUUUGGGGAGUCUCCCACAUGCCUUUUGGCAAACACCAAACGUGUUAGCUUAUUCUUUUCUUUAAGCAAUGGCUUUUUUUCUGGCCACUCUUCCGUAAAGCCCAGCUCUGGCGUGUACGGCUUAAAGUGGUCCUAUGAACAGAUACUCCAAUCUCCGCUGUGGAGCUUUGCAGCUCCUUCAGGGUUAUCUUUGGUCUCUUUGUUGCCUCUCUGAUUAAUGCCCUCCUUGCCUGGUCCGUCAGUUUUGGUGGGCGGCCCUCUCUUGGCAGGUUUGUUGUGGUGCCGUGUGGAUUUAAUGGUGCUCCGUGGGAUGUUCAAAGUUUCAGAUAUUUUUUUAUAACCUAACCCUGAUCUGUAGUUCUCCACAACUUUGUCCCUGACCUGUUUGGAGAGCUCCUUGGUUUUCAUGGUGCCGCUUGCUUGGUGGUGCCCCUUGCUUAGUGGUGUUGCAGACUCUGGGGCCUUUCAGAACAGGUGUAUUUAUGUAUAUGUAUAUGUAUAUAUACAGUGGGGAGAACAAGUAUUUGAUACACUGCCGAUUUUGCAGGUUUUCCUACUUACAAAGCAUGUAGAGUUCUGUAAUUUUUAUCAUAGGUACACUUCAACUGUGAGAGAAGGAAUCUAAAACAAAAAUCCAGAAAAUCACAUUGUAUGAUUUUUAAGUAAUUAAUUUGCAUUUUAUUGCAUGACAUAAGUAUUUGAUACAUCAGAAAAGCAGAACUUAAUAUUUGGUACAGAAACCUUUGUUUGCAAUUACAGAGAUCAUACGUUUCCUGUAGGUCUUGACCAGGUUUGCACACACUGCAGCAGGGAUUUUGACCCACUCCUCCAUACAGACCUUCUCCAGAUCCUUCAGGUUUCGGGGCUGUUGCUGGGCAAUACGGACUUUCAGCUCCCUCCAAAGAUUUUCUAUUGGGUUCAGGUCUGGAGACUGGCUAGGCCACUCCAGGACCUUGAGAUGCUUCUUACGGAGCCACUCCUUAGUUGCCCUGGCUCUGUGUUUCGGGUCGUUGUCAUGCUGGAAGACCCAGCCACGACCCAUCUUCAAUGCUCUUACUGAGGGAAGGAGGUUGUUGGCCAAGAUCUCGCGAUACAUGGCCCCAUCCAUCCUCCCCUCAAUACGGUGCAGUCGUCCUGUCCCCUUUGCAGAAAAGCAUCCCCAAAGAAUUAUGUUUCCACCUCCAUGCUUCACGGUUGGGAUGGUGUUCUUGGGGUUGUACUCAUCCUUCUUCUACCUCCAAACACGGCGAGUGGAGUUUAGACCAAAAAGCUCUAUUUUUGUCUCAUCAGACCACAUGACCUUCUCCCAUUCCUCCUCUGGAUCAUCCAGAUGGUCAUUGGCAAACAUCAGACGGGCUUGGACAUGGGCUGGCUUGAGCAGGGGGACCUUGCGUGCGCUGCAGGAUUUUAAUCCAUGACGGUGUAGUGUGUUACUAAUGGUUUUCUUUGAGACUGUGGUCCCAGCUCUCUUCAGGUCAUUGACCAGGUUCUGCCGUGUAGUUCUGGGCUGAUCCCACACCUUCCUCAUGAUCAUUGAUGCCCCACGAGGUGAGAUCUUGCAUGGAGCCCCAGAUCGAGGGUGAUUGACCGUCAUCUUGAACUUCUUCCAUUUUCUAAUAAUAGCGCCAACAGUUGUUGCCUUCUCACCAAGCUGCUUGCCUAUUGUCCUGUAGCCCAUCCCAGCCUUGUGCAGGUCUACAAUUUUAUCCCUGAUGUCCUUACACAGCUCUCUGGUCUUGGCCAUUGUGGAGAGGUUGGAGUCUGUUUGAUUGAGUGUGUGGACAGGUGUCUUUUAUACAGGUAACGAGUUCAAACAGGUGCAGUUAAUACAGGUAAUGAGUGGAGAACAGGAGAGCUUCUUAAAGAAAAACUAACAGGUCUGUGAGAGCCAGAAUUCUUACUGGUUGGUAGGUGAUCAAAUACUUAUGUCAUGCAAUAAAAUGCAAAUUAAUUACUUAAAAAUCAUACAAUGUGAUUUUCUGGAUUUUUGUUUUAGAUUCCGUCUCUCACAGUUGAAGUGUACCUAUGAUAAAUAUUAGACCUCAACAUGCUUUGUAAGUAGGAAAACCUGCAAAAUCGGCAGUGUAUCAAAUACUUGUUCUCCCCACUGUAUACUGAGAUCAUGUGACACUUACAGUGAGGGAAAAAAGUAUUUGAUCUCCUGCUGAUUUUGUAUGUUUGCCCACUGACAAAGACAUGAUCAGUCUAUAAUUUUAAUGGUAGGUUUAUUUGAACAGUGAGAGACAGAAUAACAACAAAAAAAUCAAGAAAAACACAUGUCAAAUGUUAUAAAUUGAUUAGCAUUUUAAUGAGGGAAAUAAGUAUUUGACCCCUCUGCAAAACAUGACUUAGUACUUGGUGGCAAAACCCUUGUUGGCAAUCAGAGGUCAGACGUUUCUUGUAGUUGGCCACCAGGUUUGCACACAUCUCAGGAGGGAUUUUGUCCCACUCUUUGCAGAUCUUCUCCAAGUCAUUUAAGGUUUCGAGCCUGACAUUUGGCAACUCGAACCUUCAGCUCCCUCCACAGAUUUUCUAUGGGAUUAAGGUCUGGAGACUGGCUAGGCCACUCCAGGACCUUAAUGUGCUUCUUCUUCAGCCACUCCUUUGUUGCCUUGGCCGUGUGUUUUGGGUCAUUGUCAUGCUGGAAUACCCAUCCACGACCCAUUUUCAAUGCCCUGGCUGAGGGAAGGAGGUUCUCACCCAAGAUUUGAGGGUAAUGGCGCCGUCCAUCGUCCCUUUGAUGCGGUGAAGUUGUCCUGUCCCCUUAGCAGAAAAACACCCCCAAAGCAUAAUGUCUCCACCUCCAUGUUUGACGGUGGGGAUGGUGUUCUUGGGAUCAUAGGCAUCAUUCCUCCUCCUCCAAACACGGCGAGUUGAGUUGAUGCCAAAGAGCUCGAUUUUGGUCUCAUCUGACCACAACACUUUCACCCAGUUCUCCUCUGAAUCAUUCAGAUGUUCAUUGGCAAACUUCAGACGGGCCUGUGUAUGUGCUUUCUGUAGCAGGGGGACCUUGCGGGCGCUGCAGGAUUUCAGUCCUUCACAGCGUAGUGUGUUACCAAUUAUUUUCUUGGUGACUAUGGUCCCAGCUGCCUUGAGAUCAUUGACAAGAUCCUCCCGUGUAGUUCUGGGCUGAUUCCUCACCGUUCUCAUGAUCAUUGCAACUCCACGAGGUGAGAUCUUGCAUGGAGCCCCAGGCCGAGGGAGAUUGACAGUUCUUUUGUGUUUCUUCCAUUUGCGAAUAAUCGCACCAACUGUUGUCACCUUCUCACCAAGCUGCUUGGCGAUGGUCUUGUAGCCCAUUCCAGCCUUGUGUAUGUCUACAAUCUUGUCCCUGACAUCCUUGGAGAGCUCUUUGGUCUUGGCCAUGGUGGAGAGUUUGGAAUCUGAUUGAUUGAUUGAUUGCUUCUGUGGACAGGUGUCUUUUAUACAGGUAACAAACUGAGAUUAGGAGCACUCCCUUUUAAGAGUGUGCUCCUAAUCUCAGCUCGUUACCUGUAUAAAAGACACCUGGGAGCCAGAAAUCUUUCUGAUUGAGAGGGGGUCAAAUACUUAUUUCCCUCAUUAAAAUGCAAAUCAAUUUUAUAUAAUCAAUCCUUCUUGAUCUCUCUUAUAUCUCUGAUAUAGGACAGACACUUCAGAACAAAUUUCCUUUGAAUUUUUUUGAGGGGGACUAUCUGUUCCUGUAGUGAAUCUGUUAUUCAAUGUGUUUUUAUGGGCUAAUAGCAGUAAGGCCAAAAAUAUUUUUUAUUACAUUUUUGUAUAUAUUUUCUGAUACUUGAAGGGGUCAUAAAAUUCUAAAUCAAAUAGCUAAAUGAUCCUUUGUAUGACCUUAAAACAAUUCCAUAUAGCUUAGUAGUACCCCCCCAGGGCUUUUAGACUCUGAGUUCCUCCCAAACUAAACUGGAUCUAACCAUAGCCUGUGUAAUGUAAUGUGUUGUGUUCUCCAGGAGAACGCACCUUCUUUGUAGAGCUUAGUGAGACAGCUAGUAUCCUCCACCAUGGGACCAAGCACUCCCUGGUGCUGCUGGAUGAACUGGGUAAACACUUACUAUCUAUUCUCUUUUUUUUCAGUUUAACAUGUUGUGGCUACUACAAGAACACGUCUCUUUAUAGCUGGUUGGCUGUUGGCCAGUUUCAGUCUACUUCUGGAGUAACUUAAUGGAGGUUCUCUGAGGCUUCAUCUGGGUCUGCCCAUAAAGUGUAAGUGAGAGAGAAACUGAUCGAUUUGGUUGUGUUUUAGGCAGGGGCACAGCGAUAGCCAGUGCUGUGAUGAAGGAGCUGGCAGAGAGGAUCUGCUGUCGGACCCUGUUCUCUACACACUACCACUCUCUAGUGGAGGACUACACCAACAAUCCUGCUGUACAGCUCGGACACAUGGUGAGGAGACACCCACAACCCCUUGUUGCCCUUGAAUGGAGCUUGUUCCGACAUCCACACCGUCCACACCAUCCACACCGUACACAGACAUAACAAUUCAAUGACAGUACUGUGCCUUCUUUUGGGUUUUAUACAGCUGGACAUCAGUUAGGCUGUUUACACAGGUAGACCAAUUCUGCUCAAUCGGAUCAGAUCUUUAACAAAUAAUUGGGCAAAAGAUCAGAAUUGGGCGCCUGUGUAAAUGCAGCCUAAGAAUGUCCACUUUACUUCAGCUCUCCGUCAAAUAAUCACAAUUUAAUCAACCAAUCACACUGCCUCUCCCAGGCCUGUAUGGUGGAGAAUGAGGGAGAUGAGGACCCUAGCCAGGAGACCAUCACCUUCCUGUAUAAGUUCAUCACGGGGGCGUGUCCUAAAAGCUACGGUUUCAAUGCCCCUCGCCAACCUGCCUGA